ACGAUGAUGUAUAUUGGUUGUGGGCAGGCGCUUUCGUUCAGCUAGCCUGUUGUUGCAGGAGAGGAGCUACUAUGCCGCAUUGUGCAGCUUUCGGUUGUAAUUUCCAGUCGAAGGGCAACAAAGGAACAGAUGUAAGUCUGCACAGCUUUCCUCAUGAGAAAGCAAGAAGAAAGCAAUGGGAAGAUGCCUGCGGUCGAGUACAACUCCCCAAAGACUCGCGGCUGUGCUCUCGCCAUUUUAGCCCUGAUGCGUUUGAGGCAUUUAGUCGACCACGGUUGAUAAAAGAGCUCACAGGUGCUUCUGGUUAUAAGCGAAGACUAAAACCAAAUGCAGUCCCGACAGUUUUUCGCUAUGAGGAGACCACGGGUCCAGGAAAAGCGAGUGAAAACCGCGCUAAGAAACGCAUAAGACCAGAGAUGCUAAACAGUUUCCGGGAUGGUGGUAAACAACAACAACCCGCUUCUACAGUAGCCAACAUGUGCGUGGAUGAUGGUGACCAAUCAGACACUCUGUCAGUUAUGGAGGAGACAAGCAAUGAAGCAGCUGAAGCUACUAAAGUAUCCCAGAGUGUUACAAGAGAUCAUGACUACUGCUCAGUCCCUGAGCCAUCAGCAGCAGCUGCAGAAGACCUGUCCAAAGAUGUGGAGAGUCUGAGGAAGGAAAUACAGGAGUUACGUGUCCAGCGAAAGUUUGGGUUACAGCGGUUUGCUGGCUCUGACACUGACAUCCAAUUCUAUACCAGAUUUCCAAGCUAUAAUCAUUUGAUGGCAUUCUGGGUUUUGAUUGAGCCUUGCAUCUAUAAAAUGAUCCGGGCUUCAAGAGCCAAGUCAGCUGCCAACACGGACGAAGAAGUGUUGACACCUGCACGCACACAAACGAGGCAGCUGCUCCAGCCAGUCGACGAGUUCUUUCUUUCCUGGUUUUCCUGUCUGUUGGUCUGA